CAAUGUCACAAAACUGCUAUCAGUUCUAACAGAUAACAUCUGAUAUUAUUUUGCAUCUGCUCUAGUUCUCUAGUUGUUCUAAAAUGCCCGAAUAAAUAAUUUCGAAUUGAAUUAAAACGCACUGGUCUCUUAAAUUAAUCAGACAAAGUCUAGGAGUUGUUAAAUAAUGGGAUGUUGCUGGAGCCUAUUUUGCAAAGAUGAUAAUUCUUUACAGAAUCGAGAACCAAACGAAAGGACACAUCUGCUGAUAGAUCCAGUAUCAAAUAAUGUGCACAUUGCAAGAGUUAACAGUGAUGACAUCUUAAAUAGAAAUCCCAAUGAUUUACCUAAAAAGACUGAUGAACAAUCUGCAUUAACUAGAAUACUUCAAGAAACUGCUACGAAUGUUAUUGAUGUUGCUGCUCUAGACUCACACAAUCUCCAACAACAUGAUUACCUUGAUAGAGUAAAAUCAUACAACGUAAAGGUCCAACAGGUUUUAACUGCUAAUAAAGCUAGUUUAGCACCGAAAUUAAAAACAUGCAUUUUACAAGAUGUCCCGCAACCAGAUAAGGUGCUCGGAGCUGAUUUGCUAUCGUUAGAUGACUCUGAAUUGAUAAGUUCGUCAGUUACUGCAGCUCUUAAUGCCAUAAAUGACAUUAAAGUGGACCAUAAAGAAGAUCUGGUGGUGCCAUUUGGACUCGGGUUAAACUGUUAAUUUUUAUCGAUUCUCGAACAUUUUUGAGAUGAUUGAAAUAUCUGCAAAGGUGAUGCAAUUUUGUGAUAUUUUGAAAAUGAGAAAAUUACUUGCAAUCUGGAUCGUAUAAACUCCACAAUAAUUUCUAACAUUUUCUCUUCAAAGUUAGUCAGAGCUUUUCAGAUAUUUCCCAAAUGCGAAGGAAAUCAUUGUAAAAAUAGUAAUGUAAGGAUAUUAUCAGGUACAUUUAAGAAGUUUGAUAACAAACAACUAAUGUUUAUCAUGAAUGUAAAACGGUUGAUCAUUUUCUAUGUUGUAAAAAUCAGUGUAUUUGUUUUUGAAAAAGUUAUAUAUAAUUAUGUUUUAAACCCAUUAUAAAUAUUUUAGUUAUCUCCUUUCUAUGAUAAAAAUAUACUUAUUUAUCUAA